UGAACGCGAGUAGGCUGGCUGCAGUAGCACUCCGAGUCAGUAGAGGUCUCUGCAUGAUAGCCUUACACGUUAGUUAGCAGCAGGAAGGUCUUGUUCUUCGCAGUCAUUGCACGUUGACGCAAUCUCAGUCCCAACCACCUCGCUCCAGAACUUUCCUAACGGCACUUGAAAUUUAUCAGGCUGCAGAAACAUUACUUUUAACACUGCUGGUUCUAAUGGCGAGUGAACAAAGCUUUCCUGACAGCCUCAUAGACGAGGAUCCGAAGAGGGCAGUGGAGGAACUAACAAGAGCUUUAGAGCAGAAUUCAGAAAACUUUGAGUUGUAUUGCCAAAGAGCUUAUGCCCAUGUCUUGCUUAAAAAUUACAGUGAUGCAGUUGCAGAUGCAAAAGCAACCCUUGGCUUAAAGCCCUCCUGUGCUACAGCGUAUAUGAGACUUGGAAUUGCUGAAUACCAUUUAAAAAAUUACCCAUCGGCUCAUGAAGCUUUCACAAAGGGACAGAACUUGGAUGAAUCAGAUAGCACUAUUAGUGUUUGGAUUAAACGGUGUGAAGAGAACAUGGGUGUAAAGUGUGAAAGUUCAGAAAAGGGGGUAUCUACACCAAAAAUAAAGCAUGACUGGUACCAAACAGAAUCACACGUCAUUGUCACAUUAAUGGUGAAGAAUGCAACUAAGGAAAAUGUGAAAGUAAAGUUUGAGGAUUCAAAGUUAAUUGCCUCUGUUGCUGUACCAUCUGAUGAUGAUUUCCAUUUGAACUUUAGUCUUCUUCAUCAUAUAAUUCCAGACCAAAGCAUUUUCAAAAUACUGUCUUCAAAGAUUGAAAUUAAAAUGAAGAAGACAGAAGCAGUGAGGUGGGAGACGCUGGAAGGAGAAGGUGCUCCCGCAAAUCUGAAACAUUUCACACCAGAUCAAUAUCCAUCAUCUUCACAUUACACAAGAAACUGGGAUAAGUUAGUAGGAGAUAUUAAAGAAGAAGAAAAGAAUGAAAAAUUGGAAGGAGAUGCUGCUCUUAAUAAACUAUUUCAGCAAAUUUAUUCUGAUGGAACUGAUGAAGUUAAACGUGCAAUGAACAAGUCAUUUACUGAGUCAGGGGGAACAGUCCUGAGUACUAACUGGAAGGAUGUCGGCAAAAGGAAAGUAGAUGUUAGCCCCCCCGAUGAUGCAGAGUGGAAAAAGUUCUGAAACUUUGCUGCUUUUUAUUUAAAGUGAUUUUUUUUUUCAAAUUAUUUGUCCAGGAAUUGAUCUAUAUGGCUCUCAAGCCUUUACAUAUACUUUAGACACUCUGUAACCUACAGUGUACUUUAAAGUUGUGUAACAGGUUUUUUUUUUUUUUAACACAACUUCAUAAAUAUAUACAGAAUAAUGUGUAUACUCCAAUGAUUUUGAAUUAAUCUGAUGUUUUCAGAAGUUGUUUGAAAUGGAAUUCAUCAUUUUACCCAGCAUUUUAAAAAAGAUUGAAUUUGGUCAUUGUGUUCAGUAUUUGCAUUGUGUGUAAAUUUAAAUUCUUUCUAAAAUAUAUAUCUAUAUGUUUAUUUAUAUUUAUGAAUCAGCUUGUUUGACUGCACCUUGCACUGUGAAUUCUGCUUAUGCUUUUAAAAGAUCAGAAUGGUUAACUUCCUUAAAAUACCUCAAUUUAAGUUUUUAUAUGGGAAGAUUUUUCAGGAAUAUAUUAUCUACAGUUUGGUAUAUUUAAUGCAUAUCAUCUGACUGCAUUUUCCUAUUCACAAUCCAGCUUCAGGCUCCAGUAAAAGAUGGCAGUAUUUGUCACAGCUACUACUGAAACUACAUUUUCACCAACUAAAACUCUGAAAACGUAUUUUUGUCCCACUAAUUGGCUGUGGGGCUUGAAAGUGAGAUCUUCAUACGAGCUCUUCAUAAAAGAUUUAAUGUGAAAAUAUAUAGUAAUAACAGACUCUGCUGCCUUAUUUAGUUAGAACUGCUUUUUUGCCUUGUAGUGUCAAAAUAAUCUUUUUGUCAGUUUCUAACUGUACUGGUGGAUGUGUAGUAACAAACAUUUUCAUUAAAUUUUAUAUUAUCUCUUACACAUGAAAGCAGAAAGUAAAUCAUUAGAAGCAGUAAAGUUAAGUCUGGGUGAUCAACUAAUAUCAUGAUGUUUGGACUGAAUCUCAACACACAAUAAUGAUAUGAAACAGAAUUUGAACACACCAUUACUUUAUAUUGUAAUAGCACAUUUUUUAUUUAGUAAACACCAUGGGUAGGAGGGGGGGCUUAAACGUCAUUAAUGUUGCGCAAAUAAAAAUAUGGUGACAACAUUUUGUAACAAGUUUUAUUCUUUUCUUUUCAUUCUUGUUUUGAAAAAACGGACCUCUGUUGGAAGUGAACAACCCAAUGAAGACAAUAU